GUUACGGAGUUGCAGUUCACACGUGUACCAUGUUCCUCGGCACGUGCCAACUCACCUGCCACUUCUCGUACUUUCCAUCUCCUCUGCAACUAACUACUUAUAGCAGUGUUUAUACUUACAACAACACUUACAAAGUCAAGCUCCGAAGCACCGCCGGAAUCACUCGCCGGAAAAUGGCCGGAAAAGUUGAAGCCGCCGGAGAGGAUGGUCUGAAGCUCAGGUCUCGGUUCAUUCAUCUCUUGACCACUCGCCGAUCUCCUCAAGUUCCUCUUACUGUGGAACCUGGAAAACCUGUUGCGGAACCCAUGUAUCAAGAGACUCCCAAGCCAAUAUUCAGUGAGGCAAUGGAAUCUUGCCCAAAGGCAAAUAUUCCUAAUUUCAAUAAGCUACUCAAGGAGGAGAACUUGUAUUUGACAACUGAGGAAGGCGAACAAGGGCGAUUGCCUGUGCUAAUAUUAAGUAUAAAAGAAAGCACUCCUCAAAGAAGGCCGGCUAUUGUGUUUCUUCAUAGCACAAACAAGUGCAAAGAAUGGCUUCGCCCUUUGCUUGAGGCAUAUGCUUCACGCGGUUACAUAGCGGUUGCCAUCGAUUCUCGUUUCCAUGGGGAGCGUGCCAGCAGUCUGACCACCUAUCGCGAAUCUCUAGUAUCGGCAUGGAAAAAUGGUGAUACAAUGCCAUUCAUCUUCGACACGGUCUGGGAUUUAAUAAAACUAGCUGAUUAUCUUUCACAAAGGGAUGAUAUUGAUCCGUCAAGGAUUGGAAUUACCGGGGAAUCACUUGGAGGAAUGCAUUCAUGGUUUGCUGCUGCGGCUGAUACACGUUAUGCUGUAGUUGUUCCCAUAAUUGGUGUUCAGGGAUUUCGAUGGGCUAUAGAUAACGAUAAAUGGCUUCCCCGAGUAAACAGUAUAAAAGCAGUAUUUGAAGAAGCACAGAUUGAUUUGAACAAAAGCGCAAUCGAUAAAGAAGUGGUAGAGAAGGUUUGGGACAGAAUCGCUCCAGGACUCGCCUCAGAGUUUGAUGCACCCUACACCGUUCCUCUUAUUGCACCACGCCCUCUCUUGCUUCUAAAUGGGGAAGAAGAUCCACGUUGCCCGCUUGCGGGUCUUGACAUUCCCAAGCAAAAAGUAGCCGAGGCAUAUGAAAAUGCUGGUUGUAAAGAUAAAUUUAAGGUGAUUGCGGAACAAGGAGUUGGGCACCAAAUGACAGCUUCAAUGGUAAAGGAAGCAAGUGACUGGUUUGACGAAUAUCUUUAAUUGUAGCUUUUUUCUUGACAGUUUGAGAAUACUGUCAUGUGUCUUGUCCUAUCCCUUCCCUGAUUUCAGUAAUUGUAUUUUAUGUUGCAACUUCAGCAUAGUAUUGUAAACUUUGUAUUUAAUCAACUUGUUCCGUUCUUGCUCACCCAUGUAUCCAUUAAUUCGAUCUGAUCUAUUUUUUAUCCAUUUGUGUUUUUUUGUUAA